GUCAUCCACAAGGAAGCCGUGACGCCUCUUUUCUCUCUUUCCAAGAAGAACCUCUCCCCACCUUCCUCUCUUAUAUACAUACACAUUUUCAUGCUGUUGAAUUGCAAUACAAUCUCUAAAGCUUAUUUGAUUUCUCUCUCAAAUAUUUACAUCGUUGAAGAACAAUUAUUAUUGUUAUGGAAGGGAUUAGCAAGAAGGCUGGUUUUGAGGAUCUGUUGCCUGUAAUGGCAGAUAAGUUGGGCGGUGAAGGGCUGAUAAGGGAGCUUUGUAAUGGGUUUGAGGUAUUGAUGGAUAAAGCAAAGGGGGUCAUCACAAUAGAGAGUUUGAAGAGGAACUCUGCUCUUCUGGGAUUACAAGGAUUGAGCGACGAUGAGCUUGUGAGCAUGGUUCAAGAAGGUGACCUUGAUGGUGAUGGUGCCUUAAACGAAAUGGAGUUUUGCGUCUUGAUGUUCAGAUUAAGCCCUAAGUUGAUGGAAGAAUCGCAGUUCUGGCUUGAAGAAGCAUUAGAGGAGGAGCUCAAGAAUGCCGGGUUUUGAUGGAAUCUAAUUUACGUUUCCUGCAGCAGGGCAAUGUUUUGCAGUGACAAAUUAACAACACAUGGAGGGAAAUAACACCGUUUAAUGUUUGUAAAUCAGCAGGAUUAAUUAUCACAUAAAUUGUUUCCAGAAUUAUUAAUGCAGUGUCAAAGCAUUCAUUCCCUCUAUAUAAAUUUUUUUUUCCUCUUCUUCUGUUUCUUUGUUUAUCUUUAUCAA